AUGCAGCCCAUUCUUCGUGUGGCCGCGAGGCCAGUCCGAGUCCCUCGCCGUUUCCCAGCCCUUUACUAUCCUGCACACCCAAGAAGAUCCGCACAUCAGUCUUAUGGGAAUGAGCAGUCUGGGAUGCAGCAGGGCACCGACAAGGACAACCCCAAAGCCCACAUGGAGCAUCCCGGCCCAGAAGCUCCUGCAACUGGCAAAGGUGGAAGCUCGUCCACAAGUCAGGGUGGCAGCCCUAAAAUCCACAGCCCCAAAUCCGCCGCCGAAAAGAAUGACCCGGAAGUUCGGAAGCAUAACGAAGAGCUGGAACAACGACACGAGAGGACGGUAAACCAGUUGAGUGAGGACGAUAACAAGGUGGACAAGCAGUUUUGGAAGGGCGACGUUGGACGCCCAUCAGAAGACAAAAAGUAG